AUGUUCCUGAAACGUGUAUUCACCGUUUUAAUAUCGGCAGGCGUCUUCGCUGAAAUAACUUGCGAAAGAUGCGAUAGAACUAAAAUAGGCAACGAGUAUUACAAGCGGCAGUUAAUAGCUACCAUUGACGGAUAUCCUACGGGAAUAGUUGUGGACCCACGGACCGAACAUAUAUUCUUCAUUCUACACAAAAGGAAUUACACCAAAGGAAUUCAUCUAUUGAAGCACGGGUCACUCGGCAUAAAAGAAUUGCCAGUAUCAGACGAUAUUAUAGGCCAAUGUGUUGCUAUAGAUAAAAUUAAUAAUAUAAUAUACAUCGGCACAAAUCAAGGGCUUAUAACAUACGAUUAUUCUAGAACAGAAAUCUCAGCGGAAAGACCAAUCGGUGAUGAUGAUGUACGAAGCAUUUUUAUCGAUAGAACCGAUAAUCAGAUGUACAUCACUACUGGGACGAAUCACGAAAUAUUCCGAUUCGUCAACGGUUCAGCCGCUGUAAAGCGCUACGAAAAAAUACCUAAAGCAUACAGCUUUAUUUUAGACAGUAAAGGAAACGCCUUCUAUGAAUACGUGGACGGCAGAUUAUAUUUCUUCUCAGUAGAUUUUUACGAACCUAUACAAUAUAAAGGUUUUACUAGGGAAUUGAAGUACGUACUGCGCUUGAAUAACAAUGAUGAAGCUAUCGUAGCUGUGAAAGGCUCCUUAUUCAGACUGUUCACGAAAAGUAUUCUACCAGUCAAGAUUGGUCAACUAGGUUUCAAAAUAACGGGAAUGGCGUUCGACCAUAAAAGUAAUAUUAUAAUAGGAACAAAAGGAAAGAUAUAUAGAUACAAACCAAUUGAUACAAACGACCCCUGUCCACCAGAAGAUUAUUUCAUGACGAGCAUUUAA